UUUGGCUUCAUAUUGUUAAAAAAAAUCUUUAGGGGAGGAAAGAGGGAUAGGGAGACAGGUUCUUGGUAACAGUCAGGGCCUCUGGCUUAGUGUGAAAUGCGAGUUGUUGGAAACCAUAUGAGGCCUAUCGAUGAAAGGUCCAAAUUGAAAAUUGCAUAGAAAUGGAUAUCCAGAAGGACUUGCAGCCUCCAAAGCAACAACCCAUGGUGUAUAUUUGUGGAGAAUGUCAUACAGAAAAUGAAAUUAAAGCAAGAGAUCCAAUCCGAUGCCGAGAAUGUGGUUACAGAAUAAUGUACAAGAAGAGAACAAAGAGAUUGGUUGUUUUUGAUGCCCGGUGAAAUUCAACAUCUUUCUUAAAUUUGCACCGAAAGAUUUGCAAGUGUUUCUGUCCAGCCUUGUUUCUCAUGUAAAUUUCAGACAGGAAGUCUUUUUUUUUGUUGUUGUUAUUUCUCACAUUCUUCAAAAAGUAUUUACAAGAUGUUCUGUUUUAUUUGAUGGAAAUAAAUUACUUUACAUAAUUGA